UUGUGCAGCUCCGCUACCGUUCCACCGUCCCUCUCGUGGCCACCGCUGCAACCAUGGAGCCAACCACCGCCGCCUCGUCCCUCGUCCUCCUCCUCAUCGCUCUCCUCGUCCCCUCCGCGACGGCCGGGGUGCCGCACAGGCACCGCCUCGGUGCGUCCUACCACCUCGCCCCCCUCAACGCGUCGGAGCCGCCGACCACCUUCUUCGAGGUGGACCGCCCGAUCCGCCCUCCGCGCGGCAGCGCGGGCCCCUGCUCCACGCAGCUCCUCUCCAGCUCCUUCGGCGCAACCUACGGAAGGCCCCCCGCCACCGCCGUAUAUGCGCCGCCCGCCUGCCUCGGCGCCGCGCGGGCCCGCGGCGGGGAACUCGCGCUCGCCGUGCUCGAGUGGAGCGCCGACUGCCGUGGCCGCCAGUUUGACCGCAUCUUCGGCAUCUGGCUAUCCGGCGCCGAGCUCCUCCGCAGCUGCACCGCCGAGCCGCGGCCCAACGGCAUCCUCUGGUCCGUGUCCCGCGACGUCACCAGGUACGCCGCCCUCCUUGCGCAGCCCGGGGAGAUCGCGGUGUACCUCGGGAACCUCGUGGACAAAACCUACACCGGCAUCUACCACGCCAACCUCACACUCCACCUCUACUUCCACGCCGCGCCGCCGCCGCCGCCGCAGCAGCACCAGGAGCAACAUGCCGAUCUGAUCGUGCCCAUCUCUAGAAGCUUACCUUUGAACGACGGGCAGUGGUUCGCCAUCCAGAAUGCCACCGAUGUGCAGUCCAAGAAGCUCGCCAUUCCGUCAAACACCUACCGGGCGGUCCUUGAGGUUUUCGUUUCAUUCCACUCCGACGACGAGUUCUGGUAUACAAACCCGCCCAACGAGUACAUUCAGGCGAAUAACUUGUCCAACGUCCCCGGAAAUGGCGCAUUCCGGGAGGUCAUUGUUAGGGUGGAUGGUGAUGUCGUCGGUGCUGUUUGGCCAUUCACUGUAAUCUACACCGGUGGUGUCAACCCACUUCUCUGGCGGCCAAUCACCGGCAUUGGCUCAUUCAAUCUUCCGACAUAUGACAUUGACAUCACUCCAUUCUUGGGCAAGCUCCUGGACAGCAGGGAGCAUGAUUUUGGGUUUGGCGUGACAAAUGCGCUUGAUGUGUGGUACAUCGAUGCCAAUUUGCAUCUGUGGUUGGAUCACAGCAGUGAGAAGACAACUGGGAGCUUGAUCAGCUAUGAUACAUCUGGACUAGACCUCAACGUGAACUCAGAAUUCAGUGGGUUGGAUGGCAAGUUUGUGACGAGCGCAAAUCGGCAAGUCUCUGCCACCGGAUGGGUGAAAUCGUCAUACGGGGAGGUCACCACAACCUUCUACCAGAGAUUUGGAUAUGAAAACAGCAAUGUGUAUAGAAAGAACGGCACGGUGCAAAUUGUGAACCAAACGAUUGAUGCAAAGUCUGGCGUUUUUGCCAAGGAUGAUUCCGCUGUGCUGCUCUCUGAGGAAGUUCAUGAGGUUUUCCCGCUGUAUGUUUAUACUGGAACCGCAGACAAAGUGGGUGAUGAGUACUCAUUGGUUUCGUUAGUCAAAUUGGGUAUCAAUGAGAAGAGGACCUCUGGUGGAAAACUUGGUUUCUUCUACAGCUCUCUGCGGAAUGCACAGUCGGCACACGGCAGUAUGAGGGUGAAGAAGAAUUUGGUGGUUAGUGGAUUGGGGAAGACCCAUCAGGUGUAUAAGUAUGUGGGUACUGAUGGAUGCUACUCCAGGGAUGUGAGCAGCAGGAAUUACACUGUACUAUUUGACCACUCUGAUGAUUCUUGCUCAAAGGGAGCAUAUAGCGGGGCCAAAUUUUCCUCCACGAAGUUGAACAAUCAACCAGCAAGAAGAAAGUUGUUGGUGAACAAACUGCACAGCACGGGCAAGGUCUAAAUUGUUCCAUGAUUCAGUUUUCUUUGUUUCUUCAAUAAAGACUGCUUAGGUAGCUCAUGCUUCAGAAAGUAGGUAAGAAGCUUGGAAAUGUCUUUUUUUGUGAACACGCCACUUCAAAGUUCAAAUGCAGUGUGCUACAUGUUAUUGUCAGCGGUA